AUGAAUCCCUCCGAAGAUCCCCCAAAUCGUCAUGGAAUUGCACCUGUGAAGAAAGAAUAUAUUAUUAAAAAAGAGGAAAAGGGGGAUCCCCUGGAAGAAAUUAUUGAUGAUGUCGACGAGCUUCAAGAAUCAGAGGAACCUCCAAAGAAGAAAAUUCGCACCACAAGAACAAGGGGAUCGAACAAGGAAAGGGCUGUCAAAACAUUUUCUGAGCCCAAGCGCCUCUGUCUUAAAGUUUCAUUGGGCGAAGUUUGUGAUUCGGAUUCGUGUAAAUAUUAUCACGAUCUAGAUACAUACUUAAAAACAAAAGAAAACGAUUUGGGGAGUAGAUGUAUUAAUUUUGAGAAAUACGGAAGAUGUCGAUUUGGAUACAGAUGUCGCUUCUUAAAUGCCCAUUUGUCUCAUGAUGGAAAGUUGAUAGUAAACGAAGAACUUGCCUCGUCUAAAAUUUUUGAAGAGAAAAAUGCAAUAAAUGUGGAACUUCAAAAGCCACUCCGAAAGAACAAGUAUAAAUUUCCAAAGUCGGAUGUAUACCUUAACGAAAUUGGUGAGGAGAUUGCAAAACAAUUGGAAAAAGAAAAGAACAAUAAAUUGAGGAGAUUGCAGGCUCAAUAUUCAAAUGAUGAAAGGAAUUCUGAAGCAGAUGCGGAGAUUAAGGAUUAUGACCAUCCGGAACCAAAAGAAAAAACCAUUGAUGAUGCUGGAAUUGUAUUAGGGACUACUAGCAGCAAUCAUGAGGGAAAAGGAAAGGUUAAUAUUAUUUCAACAACAGAUGCUGGAACAACUUCCGAGACUAUGGAUAUCAACGAAUUUGUUGAUACGCCAGAUGUACCGUUACGUGGUUGUGAAAAGAAAAAGAUUUCUUUCAAAAACAAAUUAUAUCUCGCACCGCUUACGACAGUCGGGAAUCUCCCCUUCAGACGUAUUUGUAAAGAAUUUGGAGCUGACAUUACUUGUGGUGAAAUGGCAAUGGCAGUGAACUUACUCCAAGGUCAACAGAGUGAAUGGGCGUUGGUAAAACGGCACGUCAGUGAGGAUAUUUUUGGUGUACAAAUAUGCGGAUGCAAAGUUCAACAUUUAGUGAAAUGUGCCGAGGUUUUGAAUAAUGAGAUUGAGAUCGAUUUUGUUGACAUAAAUCUCGGGUGCCCAAUUGAUCUUGUAUUCAAUAAGGGCGGCGGGACAGCGCUUUUAAAACACGACGGGAGGAUCGGGAAGAUCGUCAGAGGAAUGCAAAAAGUCAUGGACAUUCCAGUUACGGUGAAGCUGCGUACAGGUAUUCAGGACAAUAUUCCUGUUGCUCACAAAUUAAUGCCAAAAUUUGAAAGUUGGGGCAUUGCAAUGGCUACGUUGCAUGGGCGUUCCAGGCAGCAAAGAUAUACAAAGCUUGCUGAUUGGAAUUAUAUUUCCGAAGUAUCGCAUACUGUAAAGAAAAUGCCUGUCUUUGGCAAUGGAGAUGUGCUUGGAUACACCGAUUAUUACGAGCACCUCGAAAAAGAUCAAGUUGAUGGGAUUAUGAUCGCACGUGGAGCUUUAAUUAAGCCUUGGAUAUUUGAUGAAAUUAAAUCCAAACGUCAUUACGAUAUUUCAUCCAAAGAACGUUUUGAUAUUUUGAAAAAAUUUUGUGAUUAUGGAAUGGAACACUGGGGUUCCGAUUCGAUUGGUGUCAAUCAAACUCGAAGAUUCCUUUGCGAAUGGAUGAGCUUUCUGCAUAGAUACAUACCUGUGGGAUUACUUGAAGUAUUGCCCCAGCGCAUAAAUGAGCGUCCCCCAUCCUUUCGCGGAAGGGAUGAGUUAGAAACAUUGUUGGCAAGUCCUAAUAGUCAUGAUUGGGUGAAAAUCAGUGAAAUGCUAUUAGGACCUGCGCCGGACAAUUUUAUAUUUGUUCCAAAGCAUGCAUCAAAUUCCUAUGAAGGAUAA